CGCUUCUCCCCCAUUCUCCAUUUCACCUACACUCUCCGAUCUCUCAUCUCCGAUCUUUGAUCUCCGCCUCCUCAAAACCCUCACCGAGGGCUCGAUCGGCGACGAGAUGCGAGAGAUCCUGCACAUCCAGGGGGGGCAAUGCGGGAACCAGAUCGGGGCCAAGUUCUGGGAGGUGGUGUGCGCGGAGCACGGGAUCGACGCGACGGGGAGGUACCAGGGCGACUCCGAGCUCCAGCUCGAGCGGAUCAACGUGUACUACAACGAGGCGAGCUGCGGCCGCUUCGUGCCCCGCGCGGUGCUCAUGGAUCUGGAGCCCGGCACCAUGGACAGCGUCCGAUCCGGGACCUACGGCCAGAUCUUCAGGCCCGACAACUUCGUCUUCGGCCAAUCCGGGGCCGGGAACAACUGGGCUAAGGGGCACUACACCGAGGGUGCCGAGCUCAUCGACUCCGUCCUCGACGUCGUGAGGAAGGAGGCCGAGAACUGUGACUGUUUGCAGGGGUUCCAGGUUUGCCACUCUUUAGGCGGCGGAACGGGAUCCGGCAUGGGCACGCUGCUCAUCUCGAAGAUAAGGGAGGAGUACCCGGACCGCAUGAUGCUCACCUUCUCCGUCUUCCCCUCCCCGAAGGUCUCCGACACGGUCGUCGAGCCUUACAACGCCACGCUCUCCGUUCACCAGCUGGUCGAGAAUGCUGACGAGUGCAUGGUGCUCGACAAUGAAGCCCUCUACGACAUUUGCUUCCGCACUCUCAAGCUCACCACUCCUAGUUUUGGUGAUCUUAAUCACCUGAUAUCGGCGACGAUGAGCGGGGUGACCUGCUGCCUCCGCUUCCCGGGCCAGCUGAACUCCGACCUCCGCAAGCUCGCCGUCAACCUCAUCCCCUUCCCCCGCCUCCACUUCUUCAUGGUGGGGUUCGCCCCGCUCACCUCCCGCGGGUCGCAGCAGUACCGGGCCCUCACCGUCCCUGAGCUGACCCAGCAGAUGUGGGACGCCAAGAACAUGAUGUGCGCCGCCGACCCCCGCCACGGCCGCUACCUCACCGCCUCCGCCAUGUUCCGCGGCAAGAUGAGCACCAAGGAAGUGGACGAGCAGAUGCUCAACGUCCAGAACAAGAACUCGUCCUACUUCGUGGAGUGGAUCCCCAACAAUGUCAAGUCCACCGUCUGCGACAUCCCCCCGACGGGACUGAAGAUGGCCUCGACGUUCAUCGGGAACUCGACCUCGAUCCAGGAGAUGUUCCGCAGGGUCAGUGAGCAGUUCACGGCCAUGUUCAGGCGAAAGGCCUUCUUGCAUUGGUACACGGGCGAAGGGAUGGACGAAAUGGAGUUCACCGAGGCGGAGAGCAACAUGAAUGAUCUGGUAUCGGAAUACCAGCAAUACCAGGAUGCGACCGCCGACGAGGAGGGCGAGUACGCGGACGAGGAGGAAGGUGAUUACGAAGAGGCUUAAUUUGCUCUCAUUUGUUACAAACAAACUCUGCUUGUUUAGGAUCCAUGCUUGUUUCGAACAUCUUAAAUUUGUUUUUUGCUUAAGACUAGUACUUGGCGAAUUAGGCGUAUUCCUUCCUUAACCGGCGCAAGCAAUGUUUUGUUGCUUUCAUAGUUUAGUUUGUGCUGGAGCUAACCUGUGCAACACAUCUUCGAAUUCGCCGAAUGUAGUAUUGCCGAGUCCUUUAGUUUGAUUGUUGUUGGUAACUGUUGUGCUCUGAAGAUCCUUUUCGAAUUUAAAUUUAGUUAGCGUCGAAUUAGUAGUAUCUGCAAAGUUUAAAUUGUGAACUGCAAUCAUCUGUAUUCAUCAUGAUCAAACCUUUAAUUUUGGUGGGUUAUCUUGUUUUGCUUUA